AUGCCGGUCAAACGAAAGACGGUCAGCAAUGUGAAGCGCAAGCCUGCAGCUGCUCUGCCGGCACGGAAGCGACGCAAAGAAGAUGGCCCUGCCUGCGGCGUGUUCGUGCAGAACGCCCCUCGCGGAACGGAUGUGCAGGCCAGAUUCUCGAACGAGCGCUUCGCAGAAGGCGGCUUCCGCCAUGUCUACAAAGGCGUCUACCUCUCCGGACCCCGAGAGGGGGAGGAGUGCGUGAUGAAAGAGUUCAAGACUGGAAGCGUCCACGAAGCAACGUUCUUCGAGGCCGAUGUCCAAGCCGUCAAGAAGGCUGGGCAGCUGAUUCAGAAAUUCAACGAUGCAAACAUCGUCAGCAAGCGCGUCUAUCUCAACGAGCCGGAGGUUUGGUCCGGCUCUGGCGGCCGAAUUGCGGGACACAAGGUCCUCGUCGAGCCGAUGAUUCAAGGUACCUAUUUUCGCUUCAACAGCAAUACUGGCUAUGCCGAGCCAGACACGGCAACAAUGCAGGCCUUGUCGCACUUUUCCUACCAUAUCUCGAACGGACAAUAUCUGCUGUGCGACCUACAGGGUGGUCGCUACGAUGGCUUUUACAUCCUCACCGACCCCGUGAUCCACAGCAAGGGAAAGGAGUUUGGUGGCACAGAUCUCGGGCAGGAAGGCAUCGAGAACUUCAUGGCACACCACCGUUGUGGUCGCUUCUGCGACCCAAACUGGAAACUCCCUCCAGCCAAAAAGCUGAUCCCCCGUUUCGAGGCAGUGGCUGGUACCACGUUUGGUGAAGCUGCGGCGCUGUUCACGAAGGAGCAGCGCAAGGACCUGGAGAUCAAGGUCAACAAAGAGGUCCGGAUCAGCAUCCGGAAACUAUGGGAAGGUGCUCUUCCCUCUGACAAGAAGCAGAUUGUGGUCGACAGAUCCAAGCGAGUCACGGCCAAAGCCGUCCCAAGCUGA